UCUCAUGUUAGGUUGAGUCAGAUACAGCUGUUGAAAGAGCCGAUAACAUAUAACGUUAGCCAAAUAUCGUCACUGUUUUUAGUUGUUUCGAGACAUAUUUUUAAUUUGUUGAUUUUUCUAUGGCACAACACAAACUUUGUCAUUCGUUAAACGGUUUUUAACAGGAUGAAAAGGCUGAAGAGGAAGAAAGAAAACGCAGGAGUCGGGUUGAAUGGGAAUGGAUCUGUCACCAGAGAAACAGAUUGCGGGAGAAAACAGAAGUUGACUGAGAUCCAUCAGGCUUUGUUCAGUGAUCCGGUGGACAUUGAGACCCUGAGGAGAGCAGCAGCUAGUAAGGGAGGACUGCUCACUAAUGAAGUGAGGAGGAAAGUCUGGCCCAAACUACUAAACGUCAAUGUUUACGAUCUACCACCUAAACCCGGUCGAGAUGUGAGGGAGAACCACAAAGACUACAACCAAGUAGUCCUGGAUGUCAGGAGGUCCAUGAAGCGGUUCCCCAAAGGUAUGCCCGUCACAGAGAGGGCCGUGCUCCAGGAGCAGCUGACUGACAUCAUACUGGAGGUUUUGAAAUGCAACCCACAGCUUCAUUAUUACCAAGGCUACCACGACGUGGCCGUCACUCUGCUGCUGGUAGUCGGGGAACGGAUGGCCCUCGCCAUGCUGGACACUCUGUCCAAUCACCACCUCAGAGAUUUCAUGGAUCCUACCAUGGACCGCACCAAACACAUUUUAAACUACCUGAUGCCCAUAUUGGAACAGGUUGAUACCAAACUGCACGACUUCAUGAUCAGAUCCGAGGUGGGAACCAUCUUCGCACUGUCCUGGCUCAUCACGUGGUACGGCCACGUGCUGUCAGACUUCAAACACACCAUGAGGCUCUACGACUUUUUCUUGGCGUCGCACCCAUUGAUGCCCAUCUACCUCGCCGCCACGAUUGUGCUGCACAGAGAGAAGGAGGUGAAGAAGACUGAGUGUGACAUGGCCAUGGUCCACCACCUCCUCUCACUCAUUCCCCAGGACCUCCCAUACCAACUUUUGAUCGGUCGGGCCCAGGACCUGUUCCACCGGUACCCGCCGUCUCUACUGGCCAAGCGAGCCACGCUGCAGUCUCACAAAAGUCUUUCCAUCAGCACCUUUCAGGCCUUUCGGUUCUCCACCCUCCACCAGAGGCCCGACUCUGUUCUGCAACGCCUCACCAAGGAACAGGUCUUCAACUCCAGACACGCCUCUCGACACUCCGGUCAGGAAGCAGCUUUAUCCCGAGACCGAGGCCAGCGGUGGGGGAGAGGGAACAGGCUGGUGAAGAUGGCAGUGUGGGGGCUCUCCGCUACGCUCGGGGUGGCCGUGUUCGCCGUGGCUCAGACGGCCUUGGACUGGGGACCCGAGGUGUUACAACAACUGUUCUGAGGUGGCGGCGGGGAUGUAGACCGACACAUGGUGACAGCAGACACACAUCUGCUCCUAAGCAGUAGAGUAACUCCUAUAGGCAAACAAAGACUUGAAGCUCCUCUCUCCUGCUGAGAGGUGUCCUUGGAGAAAUGCAGGACUAGGUCAGUUAACUUGGUGCCAAACAGGUUGUUGCUACUCAACCAUUUACGAACAUAUGUACACCGCCAGCCUCGAGACGUGCGUGCAUGUGUAUGAGUGGAUGUGAGUGAGUAUACCAAAUAUGAGCUUUGGCCCAGGCGGAACAGCUCACUUUCAAUUUUUCAAAUGACCUCAAACGGCCACGCUGAGACCAAAAAAAACAACAUGCAAAAUGACUGAGGAGAGACUUUAACGCAUGCCUUUCAGUCGUUAUGUGACUACUCCUAUGUAGGUGAAGUGUGGUGGGCUUGAACAUGUUUUAUCCCAAGGGCCCAUUGUCUCAUUAUCCUUCCCAGACACGUGUCUCUGUGCGUUUGUUGGUAGCUGAUUAUUUUGCUGAUAAGUCUUUCUGAGAUGGUCAUGCUUGUCUCGCUGUGUUUCUGUUGAUGGUGUUUCAGGGCGCUUGUUGGAUCAGCAGUCGCAUCUGAGAGCUAAAAGUGCCUGUAGCCAGCGCAAUGACACAGGAAUACAAAUUAUUAAACAGUGGUGUUUUCUGCUGAAAGCUUCCAGUUAUGAGUGAAGAAAGAGAGCGGGAGAGAAAUGGGAAAGAUGGCGGGAGAGAUUUUGCCUGUAAGCCACUUGUAUUAAUUGCUUUACUGCAGGUGUCAGCGAGUUACAUUAACAGUAGAGUUCCCUGCUGCCCAAAAUGUGAACAUUAUACACAGUUAGCACUCUGCACUGAAUGCACACAGUAGGUCCUUGGCAGAUGCAUUGAGGCUUAAGAUGCAGGAGGCAAUGGAAUACAGUUUUUUAAUGUCAUCAGUAUUUUUACGUUGUUAAAAUAUUUAGCAGGUUUGCCCCAACAUCCACUCUGAACAGCCAUUAACAGAAGUACAGUACAUGGCCUCGGUUCUUCUUCUACAGCAUAUUUAUCUUCAGCAUUUUACAGCUACAGUGAUUAUUUUAACAUUUACAACUGGGGUAGAUAUGCUUGAAAAGGGCACAGGGGGUUCUCCAAAAAGCGAGAAGUGUGCUCUCUGUGUCGACUUUGAUUCUGCAAUAUUUAUCAGCUUUCUACUAGCAUGUUGCAGAGUUGCAUCUCUUAACACAAAUGAACCUGGGUUACACUCAAUCCCCCCCCCCCCACCCCGAUAAAGAUGCCUUGCGCAUGUUUGCACACUCAGACUGAGUCGCUCUAGUUCACAAAUUCAACUGGUGUGUGUGUGUGUGUGUGUGUGAGAGUGAGAGAAUUACAGCAGUAUGCGAGAAAGCCACCAGAAGGGAUAUUUGAAUCCUCCGUCUGAAAAGCAUUGCAGGGCUUAGGAGUUAACAAACGGUCAAUCACCUUUAAGUAAGGUUUCUGGCACUGUUCAGAAAAUGACAUGUCUCUGAGCGGCAAUAAAUUCAUCAACAUUGCGUAACUUCGAUGGUCUGCUGGCCCAAUAGCCAGUUCAGACACCUGGUCCAUCGUAACCUGUGCUGGUUGUUUGCAAAGCCUCUGCGUGUUCCACUUUCAGUCUGACACGCUGUACGUCAUGUAAUACAUGACACAUGUCUGCAUGUCGAAUGCAAAGCAUAAAGAAUGGAAUUAUAGAUAGCUUAACUAUCUCCAACAAUAUCAAAGUCUGCUUUCCAGCAACUCUAAAGUACACUAAUUAACGCAAUAUAUCUUGUUUGUUUGCAGUGAGGUCCAUAUUCUUACCACUGAUUGUACUUGUUAAGUGAGUUCAUGAAGUUGUAUCUAUGAUUCUUGGAAACCGAUGACAGGUAAAAUGUUUUAUUAAUUUAAAAAUAGCAGGUUUUGCAUGGAAUCUUUGCUUACUUUGCCACCGAAGACAUAAAUAUGCAGAGUAAACACCUUUGGCUGUGAUCUUCCAAAGUCAAGGUGCUACUGAGUAAUUGUAUAUUUAUUGCCAUGUAGACACACACACAUACACACACACACACACACACACUCAUGCAGGGGGAGAGUGGCGGCGUUGCCAGAUCAUAAUGAGGAUUUAAUUCCUGCCCCUGGCUGUUGGCGUGCUAAAGACUCUUUCUCCUUGUUUUUUUUCUCUUCUUUUCUUACAUUCAUGUUCACACUUAAACACCAACACCUGGUCGUAGUCGGGCAGAGGCCUUGGAUGAAGCAUGAUUGAACCAUGUUUGUUUUCAAUGAAACCAACCAAAAUCUUAAAGCAAGAUGAUUGAUUGCCUGAGGCCAUGUUCAAAAUUAAAACCUAAAAACGGUUUGUAUUGAGAUUCACGGCCAUAACAUUUUUGAGAAAAUUGAGGUAGCUUUCAAUUAGUCAUAUAGUAGAAGAGACAUAAUUUUAUUCAACUGAAGUACAAUUAUUUGCUGUUUUUAAAUAGUUCACAUAAAGGUUUUUAGUUGCAUUGUAUUAUCUUAUAAUUAUCAAAGAUGUUGUGGCUUGGUCUAUGUUGCUUAUGAAACCAGGGGUGCAUCUUUUGAAACACAGACAUUUGGAAGCAAAUACUUAGUUGCUGUUCAAAAAUCCUCAAAUGAAAAGAAACAAAAGACCUUAAUAACAGACAACAAUAAAUAGAGGAGUAGGAGUUAUUGCAAUAGCUAAAUGUCACUCUUUUAAUCCCCCAAACUUGACUUUAAUGCCAAAUGAUGCACUCUGUGAUGAAGAGUCUGAAGUGAAACUCUAUCCAUGAGCUUUUUGUCUUACCUUUUUGUCCUCAGGUCAGAAAAUCUCCUUCGCUUUGCAGAUGAUAAUGUACCAAGCCCAUAAUAACUUGUGUGUAUAUAUCAUUUCUUUGGGCUUUUAAUGCAUGUAUUUUAUGGCAACCAAACACUUCAUGUUCUUUGCACCAUGUAUGCAGUUCUACGGAGACAUGCGUUUGACAUACAUAUGACGAUAGUUUUGUCAACGAGGUAAAAACAAUAAAUAAACAAUAAAGAGAACA